AUCACAGGGACGUGGCAUCGCCGUUGCCAUGGUAGCGACAGACUCUGAUUCCUGCUGGUGGAGUUUUUACUCGUCUGCUACAUGAGAACAAAAGCUGAGAACGGAUUCAUUCAUUCGAGGAGUUUCACUCAAACUGACGAGUCGCUUUGAAACAGGAAGUGAAAGCGCAGCAGAGCGGUGUCCAACAUGAGGCCCGUGGGCCCAAAGUGGUCCUCCAGAGGGUCCAAUCCGGAGUUUUAAAUCAGUAAAACUAUAAAUUUAAAAUCAUUUCUAGACCAUGACAAGUUGUUUGGAUCAUAAAGUAAAAUACUAGAUUGUUCUUUUGUCAUUUUGUCUCAUUUUUUUGUGAUUUUUUUGUCCUAUUUUUGUUGUUUUUUGCCUUUUUAUGUGUCACGUUUUUGUCGUUUUGUGUUUCCUUUUUCUCUAGCUUGUAUUUUUUCUUAUUUUUUCAUUUUGUGUUUUGGUUUAUUUGUCAUUUUUUUGUCUUGUUUUUGUCAUUUUGUGUCUUUUUUAGUAAUUUUUUGUGUCAUUUGUCUAGUGUCCCUUUUUGGUCAUUUUGUAACUCUUGUCAGUUUUUUUGUCUCUUUUUGUUUUGUUUCAUGUCAUUUCUCAUUUUUUUAAAAUCAUUUUCUCACGUUUUUGUUGUUUUGUGUCUCAUUUUUGUAAUAUUUUGUCUCGUUUUUCUCAUUUUGUGUUUCCUUUUUGUCUCGCUUGUGUCGUUUGUCCAUUUUUUUUGUCAUUUUGUGUUUGAUUUUUGUAAUUUUUUGUCCAAUUUUUGUUGUUUUUUUGUCUCUUAUUGUUUUGUUUCAUGUCAUUUGUCUCAUUUUUGCCUUUUUGUGUCUCAUUUUUAUCAUUUCGUGACUCAUUUUUGUAAUAUUUUGUCUUGUUUUUUGUCAUUUUUUUGGCCUGACGUUUGAUCCUCUGUGGUUCAGGUCCAGGUGACUAAAUGUUGUGUUUCUUUGUCGACACUGUGAUCUGGAAGUUGUGAUGUGCGAAUGAUAAACUGAGGCUGAAUUUAUUUUCUUGAUAAAUUUCAGUUUGUUCCUGAUGUUUUUUAAAAAGAUAAUUCCUUAAAUGUGACCAUUAAGAACCAUGAGGAGUUGUGGUUAUUUGGAGGUUAUUCUGCUGUGGUUUUACUGGUUUUACUGGUUUUACUGGUUUUACUGGAGGUCAGCCUGGUCUGAAUAUUAAACCUGAACUAGGAUCACUUUAAGCUCCUGCUCUAAAGUCUCCUGUCAGUUUUAGAUCAGCAGUGGAUCAGUGAACUGCUGCUGUGAGCUUCUUUUAUUUCUUUUAUUUCCUUUUAUUUUGAAGCUGAAGAACUGGUUUAAGUGCAGCUGGAACCAGAAGCAGCAGUUCUUCCGCUGUAAGCUUCGUUUACUCUCCUGAAAGCCUGUUUCUGUUCUAAACUGGACGCCUGCUUUCACUGUGAAGUGUGUUGAAACCCAAAGUGAAGCAGAAGUGAGUCCGGAUGUGGUCUGAAGUCACAUCUGACCUCUGCUGCUUUAUCUCAGCCUCCGUCUGCACGUCGAUGAGGAAGUAACGACUUCAGGUCUGUGGAGUGAGAAUGUUCAGAAAUAAGCGACAACAUUAAACCAAGUCAACACCAGACCUCUGUGGAGCUCCUUUUUAGAGCAAACGCUCCAUUUUAUUAAAAUCUGUGGAGUUUUGAGCAGUUUUAGCAGCGUGGUGCUUUAAUUCAUGAUGAUUUCAUCUUUUUCUGACCAUUUAGUCUGUAUUUGUGCUCAUUUCACAUCUUUUUAUGGUGAUUUUGUAUCUUUUUGUGGUCAUUUUUAGUCUGUUUGUGCAAAUUUUGUGUCUUUGUGGUAAUUUUGUGGUUACUUCUCGUGUUUUGUGAUAAUUUUACAUCUCUUUGUGGUUAUUUCUAGUCUUUUUCUGGUAAUUUUACAUCUCUGUGGUUAUUUCUAGUCUUUUUCUGGUAAUUUUACAUCUUUUUUGUAGUUAUUUUUAGUCUUUUUGUACUAUUUUUGCAUCUUCUUGAUUUUUUUCGUCUUUUUGUGCUGAUGUUGCAUCUUUUUGUGAUCAUUUUUUGUCUUUUUGUGCUAAUUUUGCAUCUUUUUGUGGUCAUUUUUCACCUUUUUGUGCUAAUUUUGCAUGUUUUGUGGCUAUUUUUAGUCUGUUUGUGCUAAUUUUGUGUCUUUGUGGUAAUUUUGUGGUUACUUCUCGUGUUUUUGUGGUAAUUUUACAUCUUUUAGUGGUUAUUUCUCGUCUUUUUGUGGUAAUUUUACAUGUUUUUGUGGUUAUUUUUUGUCUUUUUGUACUAUUUUUGCAUCUUGUCUUUUUUCGUCUUCUUGUGCUCAUUUUGCAUCUUUUUCUGAGGGUUUUGCAUUGGUUUUUUUUGGUGAUUUCUGUCUUUGCUUGAUGUUUUUAAACAGUUUAAUGGUUAUUUUGUAUCUAUUGGUGCUCACUGUCUUCUUGUGAUAAUUUAGCAUCAUUUCAUGGUGAUUUCAUGUCUUUUUGUGACCAUUUAGUCUAUAUUUAUGAUCAUUUUGCAUCUUUUUAUGGUGGUUUUGUAGCUCUUUGUGGUGAUUUAAUCAUUUUUUGAUGCAAUUUUGCAUCACUUAUGGUGAUUCAGAAUUUUUGUGGGGAUUUUUCAGCUUUUUGUGGUUAUUUUUGUGCUCAUUUUGCAUCUUUUUGGUGAUUUGUGUCUUAAUGUAAUGCUUUUGAACCCUCCUUUUGUGUCUGUAGUUGUGCUUAUUUUGCAUCUCUUUAUGGCAGUUUUGCAUCUCUUUGUGGCGAUUUCGCCGUUUUUGAUGCAAUUUUUGCGUCAAAAAAUGACUUUAUGCUGAUUUAGAAUUGCUGUGAUGGUUUUGCAUCUUUUCGUGGUUAUUUUUAGUAGAAUAAACCUUUGAAACUGUAAGUAGUUGGACAGAAAGUAGCGGUUUUGGUAGAAUAGAGAGCUAACAAGGGGCACCAUGACAAAGACUUCUGUGGUACUUAAUGACCUCCAACCAUCUUCUGUUGCAGCAGAGUUUUAUUUUUGUAGAUGUUUCUGUUUGCUCUUGGUGUCUUUUUUCUCUUUUGUUUCUUUGUUUGUGAUAUUUUUGGAUGAAUUUUGGUGCAGAAAUGUGGAAAUGUUUCCCGAGAUCACUUCCUGUAGUUCAGAUCGUUGUUAUACCGACAUGUUCAGGCGGCAGAAAAGAGCUUCUUAAUCAGAAACGACUCGGAUAUUUCCUGUUUUUCCUGCAUCUUUAAUCAGUGGAGCAUCCAGCAGCUCAGGCAUCAUGGUGAACAUCCCAGAAUACUUUGCAGGGAAAAAUGUGCUGAUCUCUGGAGCGACGGGCUUCAUGGGGAAGGUUCUUCUGGAGAAGCUGCUCCGGUCGUGUCCAGAUGUGGGAUCCGUCUACGUCCUGGUUCGGUCCAAAGCCGGUCAGAACCCUCAGGAGCGGAUCUCUGACAUGAUCAGCUGUAAGCUGUUUGAGCGUCUGCAGGACGAGCAGCCGAGCUUCAAGGAGAAGAUCGUGGCUCUGAGCAGCGACCUGACGCUGCCGGACCUGGACCUGAACCGACACGACCAGAACCUCCUGACAGACCGAGUCCACGUGGUGUUCCACUGCGCCGCCACCAUCCGCUUCAACGAGCCGCUCAAAGAUGCGAUGCAGCUGAACGUCCUGGCCACCCAGAAGAUGCUGUCUCUGGCCCGCAAGAUGAAGCAGCUGGAGGUCUUCAUCCACGUCUCCACGGCUUACGCAAACUGCGACCGCGAGCUGAUCGAGGAGGUGAUUUACCAGCCGCCGGUGGACUACCGCAAACUGAUCGACACUCUGGACUGGAUGGACGAUGAUCUGGUAUCGGCUCUGACUCCGAAGCUGCUUGGAGAGCGUCCCAACACCUACACCUUCACCAAAGCUCUGGCUGAGUAUCUGGUGCAGCAGGAGGCCGGAGACCUGAACGUGGCCAUCGUCAGACCCUCCAUAGUGGGAGCCAGCUGGAAGGAGCCUUUCCCAGGCUGGAUCGACAACUUCAACGGACCCAGCGGGAUAUUUAUUGCAGCUGGUAAAGGAAUCCUACGUACGAUGAGAGCUUCUAAUGACGCCGUGGCUGAUCUAGUUCCUGUAGACGUCGUCAUUAACGCCACGCUGGCUGCAGCCUGGUACUCCGGAUCGUACGCCAGGCCUAAAAACAUCCUGGUCUACAACUGCACGACUGGAGGCAUCAAUCCGUUCCACUGGGGGGAAGUCGAGUACCAUGUAAUAUCCACAUUCAAGAGGAACCCCCUUGAGCAGGCCUUCCGUCGGCCCAAUGUUAAUCUCACAUCCAAUCACCUAAUCAAUCAGUACUGGAUCGCCGUGAGCCACAAAGCUCCGGCCUUCCUCUAUGAUCUGUACCUCAGGCUGAUUGGACGACAACCCAGGAUGAUGAAGACCAUCAGCCGCCUCCACAAAGCCAUGAUGGUGCUGGAGUACUUCACCAGUCACUCCUGGGUGUGGAACACCGACAACAUGGCCAUGCUGCUGGCCCAGAUGAGCCCCGAGGACAAGAAGGUUUUUAACUUCGAUGUGCGUCAGCUGCACUGGGCAGAGUACAUGGAGAACUACUGUAUGGGAACGAAGAAAUACGUUCUGAACGAGGAGCUGUCUGGGCUUCCAGCUGCCCGCAAACACCUCAACAAGCUGAGGAACAUCCGCUACACCUUUAACACCGUCCUGAUGGUGCUGAUUUGGCGGGUCUUCAUCGCUCGGUCCCAGAUGGCGAGGAACAUCUGGUACUUCGUGGUGAGCCUCUGCUUCAAGUUUCUGUCCUACUUCAGAGCUUCGUCCACCAUGAGAUAAUGACGAAGGAAAGGCCGGCGGUGGAACGAUGAAGAGGCGACGGU